ACCAAACUAAAAGAGAAGAAAGAAAGAAAGAAAGAAAGAAAGAACCCCCCCAAUAUAAUGGACAUCUGGUCUUCCUCUUCUUCUUUCCUGAUCUGAGUCCUCAGAGCUCUCUGCAGUAGGGUUCUUCCUCCCCUUCUUCCUUAUUUCCCUCACUUAUUUUCCAAGAAGAACUGAACAAAUAGUGAAAAAAAAUAAAGUAGGAAGAAGAAAUUCUAUGGAAAAGGAAUAGUGCCCAUCCAGCAGCCUUCUCCACAAACUGGCUGACUGAUUCCUCUCUCUGUAGCUCUCUCUCUGCGCCCAAAAAAAGACAGCAACUUUGAAGCUGAAAUAGCGGGGGGAGAAGAGAAGAGAAGAAAAUAAUAAAAUGGAUCAGCAGUGUGGCCGUACAGUUUGUAGCAGCAGCAGAAGUAACAACAACAUUAUUAUGAAUGUUGGUGGUGGUGUUGUGAUUCCGCAGUCCUCUCCUUCUCCAUCCCCAUCUCCUUCACCUUCUCCUUCACCUCCUUCUUCUUCCCCUUGUUCAAUGGAGAUGGCGAAUCAUUCCUCCCUCCCUCCUUCUCACCACCACCACCAUAACAACAAUAAUGUGCUCUUUGUUCAUGGCAACGCAACCACUCAACCUCAACAACCACACCAUAACAUGGCUGCUGCUAGGGUUUUUGGGAACAACAACAACAACAACAGCAACAGCGACCCUUCUCCGUAUUAUUUCAUGGACGGCGGCGGCAUAAACAACAGCAUGAUUAGCACCUCCAUUUCUGUCGCUGUUCCUGCUCCAGAUCCCAUGAUCAUCACUCCUCCUAGCAGUCAUAAUAAUACGAGUAGUGGUAUGAGGGCCAAGAUCAUGUCUCAUCCCCACUUCCCUCGCCUCUUGUCCGCAUACUCCAAUUGCCAAAAGGUUGGGGCGCCGCCGGAAGUGGCGGCGAAGCUGGAGGAAGUAUGCGGGGCGGGAGCGGCGGCGGUGAUGGCGGCGAGAGCAGGGUCAUCGGGAGGAGAAGGAAGCAUCAUCAGCAACGGUAGUAUAGGGGAAGAUCCAGCACUGGAUCAGUUCAUGGAAGCCUACUGUGAGAUGUUGACCAAAUACGAACAAGAGCUCUCCAAGCCUUUCAAAGAAGCCAUGCUUUUCCUCUCCAGGAUCGACUCCCAGUUCCGUGCCCUAACCCUCUCCACUUCCUCCCCCACUGGUUCCGGUGACUUCACCGGGAGGAACAAUAAUGGGUCGUCGGAGGAUGACAUCGAAGGGCUCGAGACGAGCUACAUUGACCCACAAGCCGAGGACAAGGAGCUGAAAGUCCAGCUGCUCCGUCGGUACAGUGGAUACCUCGGCAAUCUGAAGCAAGAGUUCCUCAAAAAGAAGAAGAAGGGGAAGCUGCCCAAGGAAGCCAGGCAGCAGCUCCUCGAGUGGUGGAACCGACACUACAAAUGGCCCUAUCCAUCGGAAUCACAGAAGGUGGCGCUGGCUGAGGCGACGGGGCUGGACCAGAAGCAGAUCAACAACUGGUUCAUAAACCAGAGGAAGAGGCACUGGAAGCCGACGGAGGACAUGCAGUUUGUGGUGAUGGAUGCUGCUUACCCUCACCAUUACUAUCUGGACAAUGGUGUGGGAAUGGGGAGCAAUGCAUUUCCCUUGGAUUUCAAUUCAUCCACUCCUCAUCUUUGAUUUGGUUUUGAUGAUAUCAUCGUGAUCCCUUUCCAUUGGUUGGCACUUUGUUUAGCUUAUUCUAAUACUGCUCUGCUUGUUUAGUGUCCCUGGUUAUGCAGAAGGGGGGAUGUUGUUGUGGCUUGUGAGUGUGUGUCUAGAAAUCUUAUCAUAUAUUAUAGUACCUAGGUGUAUUGUAUGAUUAUGUUUGUGAAAAUUAGGGCUUGGAUCCAAAUAUCCGACUUUUGAUAUCUUUAUCGUAUGUUAUGGAAUAUUAGUAUUGACUGUUAUAUAUUAUAAUUCGAGUUUUCUUGGCUUAGUGUUUGU